AUGGCGCAACCAGAUCUAGCACGCCUGUACGCGACAUAUCGAGACGUUGGAGGAGAUCCAAAGGGGUCGGGUGCGAGUUCAAGCCGUCCAAAGAAAAGGGGUGUUGGGCUUUUGGCUGAUGAUGGGCGAUAUCAAUGGGGUGAUUUAACCGGGAGAGAGAAAGUUGCGCGGGCUACACAGCAGUCGGUUAAUUUUGCGGUUGUGUGCGUUGGGGCGGUUUUGACGGGAGGCGUGUUUUACCUACUCUGGACAGAAGUCAUUUCUCCGAAUAGCAAGACAUGGCAGUUUGAGAAGGCGGUUGGGCGUAUCAAGGACGAUGCGCGCUGUAUGGCUGUGCUUGGUGAACGGGGACAGAUAGCGGCAUUUGGUGACAGCACUGGGAGCAGAUGGUCACGGAACAAGCCUAUUGCAACCACUGUCGAAAAGGAUAACUUGGGCCGUGAGCACAUGAAACUGAGUUUCCACGUCGAAGGACCGUUGAACUCCGGUAUCGUGCACGUGCAUAUGCUUAAACCGCAGGGCAGCUACGAGUGGGAAUACUUGUUGCUUGCCUUGGAUGUUAAAGGCCAUACCCGUAUUGUUCUCGAAAGACAUACGGAGAAGAACCCAUUGAGCUUACUUGGCAUUCGGUGGCGAUGA